CCUUCUUCUCAGAGCAAUUGCUUUGCUCUAUCUCACACUCAAAGCAUAUCUCCAUCACUUAUAUACAACCAGCCAUGCUCACUCUUCACCAACCAAAACCAAACACAAACAACACUGACACCAACCCGCUCACGCUGAGUGCAGUUUCCACUCUGUCCGAGUGGUCCGAGUCGUUGCGAGUUCCGGUGAAGUCCUGACGCGGUCGACGAAGAUGAAUCGAAAACGGAAGAAGUCGGUGCGCCUGCAGAUUGAAGACAGCUCACUGAUGAUGGACAGUGAGCUUGUGCCCUCGUCCUUGGCUGAGAUUGCUCCCAUUCUUCGUGCGGCUAAUUGUAUCCAAGAAGAAAACCCUAGAGUUGCUUAUCUCUGCCGCUUCCAUGCAUUUGAAAAGGCUCAUAGUAUGGAUCCAACAUCAGGUCGACGUGGUGCUCGACAAUUUAAGACAAAACUGUUGCAUAGACUUGAGAAGGAAGAAGAGGAGACAAUACGCCAGCUUGCAAGAAACGAUCCAAGAGAAAUCCAGUUGUAUUAUCAGAUUUUCUGUGAGAACUAUAUCAAUAAAGUUGCACAUACCAAAAAGCUGGAUGAGAUGGCCAAAAUUUGGCAGAUUGCGACAAUAUUGUAUGAUGUGGUGAAAACUGUGGUGCCUUCUGCAAAAAUUGAUGAUAAGACGCGCAAGUAUGCUGAGGAUGUUUGGAGCAAAAGGGAACAAUUUGAACAAUAUAACAUUCUUCCACUGAAUGCCACUUGUGCUAAAUCAGCAAUUAUGGAACUUCCUGAGAUCAAAGCUGCACUUUAUGCUCUCCGUAAUAUGCAAAAGCUUCCCAGGUGUAGAGUUCAUUCGACACCCAAAGUUCCUGGUGCCUUGCCUGAUGAGAGGGAUAAACCUGUUGUCGACAUACUUGAUUGGCUUUCUCAAAUUUUUGGGUUUCAGAAAGCUAAUGUAGCAAACCAGAGGGAGCACCUUAUACUGCUGCUUGCCAAUAUGGAUGUCAGGAAUAAGAAUCUUGAAAACUACACCCUGAUGAGUAGUGGCUCUGUAGCGAAGUUAAUGGACAAAAUUUUCAAGAAUUAUUGGUCAUGGUGUAAUUAUUUGCGUUGUGAAUCAAAUACUAGGAUUUGCCUAGGUUCUGACACGCAGCAGCUACAGCUCAUCUACAUUGGGCUUUUUCUUCUCAUUUGGGGUGAAGCUUCAAAUAUUCGAUUUAUGCCCGAAUGUAUUUGCUACAUUUUCCAUAAUAUGGCAAAUGCGGUUUAUAAAAUUCUAUUUAGCGAUAAAGACACAGAUCAAAUAGGUGUACGUGAUGAAGAAUCAUUUUUGCACGAUGUUAUAAUUCCUAUCUAUGAGGUCUUGCGGAAGGAAGCUAGGAGAAACAAAGGUGGAAAGGCAAGCCAUUCAAAAUGGAGGAAUUAUGAUGAUCUAAAUGAGUACUUUUGGUCUGAAAAGUGUCUUGGUCUAAAAUGGCCAAUGGACCUCAAAGCAGACUUUUUUGUACAUUCUGAUCAAAUAUUACAUGCAAAUGAGGUCAGGUUCUAUCAAUUGGUAUCAGGGCCCUGUCAUCUGGGUAAUGAUCUUGACAAGGAUGGAUGCAAGAAUGAAUAA